AUGCUUGUCAAUCGCCUCCCGCGCGAUCGCCAGCAGCGGCGAUGGAUGCACGCGGCGGCGAUCCCAGCGGUGGUGGUGCGCAAGCAUCGGCCAUCGGCAUUGAGCAAGGAGAGCGUGGAACGGAUGGUCGCGUGCGUGGAGAGGAGCGGCGUUGCGGCGGAGGCGAGCACGUAUGCCCGGCUGCUCCAAGCGUGUGCGCGGCUCAAGGCGCUGGCCCAGGGCCAGAGGAUUCACGCCCACAUCCUCUCCAGCCACAGCUCCUCCGGAUCCUCCUCCACUCUCGUGCUCAACCAUCUCAUCAACAUGUAUGGCAAAUGCGGUCGCGUGGAGGAGGCCAGGGCGGUGUUCGCGUCCAUGGAGCACCCCAAUCUCGUGUCGUGGAACACCAUCAUCGCCGCCCACGCCGCCGGCGGUGAUGGCCGUGGCGCCCUGGCGGUGUUCCGCGCCAUGCAGCUCGAGGCUUCCGUGGUGCCCGACCGGGUGAGCUUCACCAGCGUUGCCAAUGCCUGCGGCAGCGCGAGGGAGGCGCGGAUCAUCCACGCCAGCGUCGCGGCGCGGGGAUUCCUCGACGACGUGAUCGUUUGCACCGCCGUCAUCACCGCCUACUGUCGCUGCAGCAGCCUGGGCGAGGCGCGCGCCACCUUCGACGCCAUGGCGCCGCGCGCCAGGAACGUCGUGACGUGGACGGCGCUCAUCGCGGGGUAUGCCCAGUCCGGGCAUCUGGAGGAGGCGCUGGAUCUCUUCUGGAGCAUGGCGGAGCACGACGGCGGCGGGGGCGAGACGUGGAGCGUGGCUCCCAACGCCGUCACCAUUGUCACCGUCGUCAACCUGUGCGCCGAGUUUGCGGCGCUGGAGCAAGGCAAAGCCAUCCACGAUCGCUGCAUCCACGCCGCCGCCAUCCGCGACGAUCCGUCCGUCACGGCCGCUCUCGUCAACAUGUAUGGGAGGUGCCAGCGCCUGGACGAGGCGUUUGCGGUGUUUGACGCAGUCCAGUCUCCCACUGCCUUGGCGUGGAACGCGAUCAUCUGUGCCUGCGCCCGCAAUGGUCGAAGCGAUCGGGGCCUGGAGCUCUUCCACAGGAUGAUGGCAGCACUGGACGCCCCGGAGCGAGAGGUUGGCGUCGCCACCUUGUGCGCGGCGCUGGUAGCGUGCGGCGAGUCGGGACUGCUGGAUCAGGGGCGAUCGGUCCACGACUUGAUCCGCCGCCGCGCCGCCGCUGGGACGGAGCCCAGCGUCCAGAUCGGCACGUCGCUCAUCACCAUGUACGCCAAGUGCGGCAGCAUCGAGGACGCGCGCCUCGUCUUCGACUCCAUGGCGGAGAGGAACGAGGUGUCGUGGAACGCAAUGCUGUCCGGCUACUCGCAGCACGGCCACGGCGCGCAGCUGCUGCACCUCUUCCGCGCCAUGCUGCAGGGCGGCGUGCAGCCCAACGCGGUGACGCUCCUGCCGGUUGUGAACGCGUGCAGCAGCCUGGCGCAGCUGCGGCAGGCUGACGAGUGGUGCACCACGCCGCCGCUGGCCGCCGCUUGCGACGCCAUGCUGUGCAACGCGCUCGUCUACAUGUAUGGCAAGCUCGGCAGCGUGGAGGACGCCUGGAGCAUGUUCCACAGGUGUAGCAUCCGCAAUGCGGUCACUUGGAACGGUCUCAUCACUGCGUAUGCCCGUCGCUGCAGCCAAGGCCAAGGAGGAGGAGGAGGAUUUGAAGCGGAGGAGGCGAUGGCGGGCUUGCAGCUUCUGCGGCAAAUGCAUCUAGAAGGCGUGCCGCCGGACCGAGUCACCUUCAUAUCCCUGUGUGGCCUCUACAACAAGCUUACGCUGCUCGGCUCCCCCGGCAUGGCGUCCGAGCAGCCACAGCAGCCAGCGGGAGUGUCCUCGGUCCUGACGGUGGCGGCGAAGGAGAUGGUGGCGCAGAUCCUGGACACGGGGCUGGAGUGGGAUGCCGCGAUUGGGACGGGGCUCAUCAGCCUGCUGGGUAAAUGCGGGGACGUGGAUGGCGCGGCGGGGAUGUUUGCCAAGAUGGCGGCGGUGCGGGGUGGCGGUGGCGACGUCGUGCCGUGGAACGCGAUGAUGGGAGCGUGCGUUCUCAACGCGCAGCCGUGGCGGGCGCUGCAUCUCUACAAGGUCAUGCAGCUGCAUGGCGUCAAGCCGGACGCGACGUCGGCGGUGUGCCUGCUGUCGGAUGCGUGCCUGGCGGCGUCGCGCGGUAUCGGGGAGUGGCUCGAGUCCGGCCUGUCCGGGAGUGGCGUGGAGGAGGAGGUGGCGGUGAGGAACGCGUGCAUCAACAUGCAUGCCAAGCGUGGCGACGUCGAUCGCGCCGCCGCCAUCUUCGCCUCCAUGGUGGCGGCGCGGGACGUGAUCUCCUGGAACGUGAUGAUGGCUGGCUACGCCAACGCCGGCAGGGGGGACGAGGCGGUGGUUCUCCUCCGGCAAAUGGAGCAGCACGGCUUCCACCCCGACAGGGUCACCUACGUCAACUUCCUCAACGCCUGCGACAAGGCGGAGAUGGUGGAGCACGGCCGGAGCAUCCACGGCAGGAUUGUCCUCCAGUCACGCGACACGCCGGCGCUCUCCCUGCGCACCAACGCCGUGGUCGGCUGCUCGCUGUGCAGCAUGUACGCCCGCUGCGGCAGCAUCGACGAGGCGGCGGCGGUGUUUGCCGGCAUGGAGCAGCGCAACGUCGUGUCGUGGAACGCCAUGAUCGGGGCGUACGCGCAGCACGGCCGCGCGCGCCUGGCGCUGGCGGUGUUUGGCGGCAUGCAGCAGCACGGCGUCAAGCCCGACGCCAUCACCCUCAUCAGCGUGCUGGACGCGUGCGCCGGCGCGGGUGACGCGCGGCGCGGGAGUCAGGUCCACGGCUGGAGCCUCCAGCUCCAGCUGCGCUCGGCGGCGCUGGACAACGCGGCCGUCAACAUGUAUGCCAAGAGCGGCAGGGUGGCGGCGGCGCGCGAGGUGUUUGAAGCCAUGGACGCGCAGCGGCGGACGAUCAUGUCAUGGAGCGCAAUGGUGGCGGCUUACGCCGGGGUCGGGCACGCCGAGGAGGCGUUCCGGCUGUUCCACGCGAUGCAGCGCGAGGGCGUCCGCCCGAAUCACGUCACCUUGAUCAGCAUCCUCGGGGCGUGCAGCCACGCCGGGAUGCUCCAAGCCGGCUGCUCGUGCUUCGCGUCCAUGGCGGCGGACUACGGCGUGUGGCCGCGGGAGGAGCACACGGGGUGCGUGGUCGACAUGCUGGGCAGGGCGGGAUGGGUGGAACAAGCGCACCGCCUGGUGCAGCGCAGUGGUGCCGGCGGCGGCGGCGACGCGCAGGCGUGGAUGGCAGUGCUGGGCGCGUGCAGCCAGCAGGGCGACACGCUGCGCGGUACCUGCGUGGCAUCGAGCUUGAUUUCCCGCCACCCCCAGGCCGCGGCUGCCGCCUACGUUGCGCUCUCCAAUUCCAAGCUUGCUGCUCCGAGCUAAGGGAUUGGCCAGCCAUGAACUCUUCAGAGUGACUACCGGAGAGAGAGGAGGGAGGACACUCCUCUUACUUGCGCGAUCUUCCCAUGCGAGCAUGUACGAAGAGUAUAUGGAUUGCAAGACGUGCAACUCAACGUGUUCCAGCUUAGUUCCAAGGCUGAGGACCAAAAUAUAAGAGUGUGGAAACUACAACCAGACAGUCAUGGACAGGAAAGCUGCUGCGGUGAAGCUGAAUCCGUUGUUGGUUUACUUGCUAAAGGAGUUUGGGAAGGUCGUGCUGCUCGACGGGAAAGGAAAGAUCCAGGGCUUGAGCGGUCUGGAGGUGAGUUUUUGGUGGUGACAAGAGAGAUGACGGAGAGUGUUUCAACAUGCCAACUCUGGAGAUGGCUUAGCUUGGAUCUGAUUCCUUCGAUCAAGUCUGCGCUCUUCCAACAAAGUCCAUGCAAAAAAUGGCAGACCAUUCGCUCCUUCACUGCUCGGCGGACAAAGGAGAACAAGGAUCAAGCGUCCAAAUUCAAUCACGUUGUACAGUAAUUGCUAAUCGUUGCGGUCAAUGUAAAGAGUUCAACAAAAACCACUGGAGAUUUAUAAAGUUCUUUCGAACUCCCAGCUCCUAGUACUAAUUCCUCAGCACCCUGUCAAGACCUACAAGAAAGAUGGGAGCCGUAACUUACAGCUGAUCAUGUUCUCAGGAGUCGAUGGAAGCAGAGAGUUGGGCGUUCCAAAAAGCUCCUUUUAGCGAUAAAAAGGACCUGCACAUUUUAAUUCUUUUUCCUGGAGGAGGAUUGGAUCAGAGAUGGGCGGCUAUAUCAAUUCUGGUAAGGCGCUCUGUGAUCAUAAUCAGACAUAUCGAUGCUGUAGUUCAUGGUUGAUGAAAUGCUGACUUUAAACUCGCUGUGGAAUAUGAUGAAA